AUGCCUCAAGUCACGUUCUGUGAGGUUUCAGACAUUAUCGACAGCUCAAGCUAUGAUGCUAUGUAUACUAGUGUUAUCUCUAUCCGACUCGACUCUCCGUCGCGCCACCAACUGAUCCAGCGACUCUCCGUCGCGCUACCAACUGAUCCACCGACUCUCCGUUGCGCUACAACUGAUCCCCUGACUCACCAACACACUACCGACUCACUAAUACGCUACCGACUCACCAUCACGCUACCAACUCACUGUACGUUACCGACUCACCAUCACGCUACCGACUCACCAUCACGCUACCAACUCACUGUACGUUACCGACUCACCAUCACGCUACCAACUCACUGUACGUUACCGACUCACCAUCACGUUACCGACUCACCAUCACGGUUCCGACUUAUCAUCACGCUACCGACUCACCAUCACGGUUCCGACUUACCAUCACGCUACCGACUCACCAUCACGGUUCCGACUUACCAUCACGUUACCGACUCACCAUCACGGUUCCGACUUACCAUCACGCUACCGACUCACCAUCACGCUACCAACUCACUGUACGUUACCGACUCACCAUCACGCUACCAACUCACUGUACGUUACCGACUCACCAUCACGCUACCGACUCACCAUCACGGUUCCGACUUAUCAUCACGCUACCGACUCACCAUCACACUACCGACUCACCAUCACGCCACCGACUCGCCAUCACGGUUCCGACUUACCAUCACGCUACCGACUCACCAUCACACUACCGACUCACCAUCACGCCACCGACUCGCCAUCACGGUUCCGAUUUAUCUCACCAUCACGCUACUGACUUACCAUCACGUUACCGACUCACCAUCACGCUACCGACUUACCAUCACGUUACCGACUCACCAUCACGCUACCGACUUACCAUCACGUUACCGACUCACCAUCACGCUACCGACUCACCAUCACGUUACCGACUCACCAUCACGCUACCGACUCACCAUCACGUUACCGACUUACCAUCACGUUACCGAGUCACCAUCACGCUACCGACUUACCAUCACGUUACCGACUCACCAUCACGUUACCGACUCACCAUCACGCUACCGACUUACCAUCACGUUACCGACUCACCAUCACGCUACUGACUCACCAUCACGUUACCGACUCACCAUCACGCUACCGACUUACCAUCACGUUACCGACUCACCAUCACGCUACCGACUCACCAUCACGUUACCGACUCACCAUCACGCUACCGACUCACCAUCACGUUACCGACUUACCAUCACGUUACCGAGUCACCAUCACGCUACCGACUUACCAUCACGUUACCGACUUACCAUCACGUUACCGACUUACCAUCACGUUACCGAGUCACCAUCACGUUACCGACUUACCAUCACGUUACCGACUUACCAUCACGUUACCGACUUACCAUCACGUUACCGACUUACCAUCACGUUACCGAGUCACCAUCACGUUACCGACUUACCGACUUACCAUCACGUUACCGAGUCACCAUCACGUUACCGACUUACCAUCACGUUACCGACUUACCAUCACGUUACCGACUUACCAUCACGUUACCGACUCACCAUCACGCUACCGACUCACCAUCACGUUACCGACUCACCAUCACGCUACCGACUUACCAUCACGUUACCGACUCACCAUCACGCUACCGACUUACCAUCACGUUACCGACUUACCAUCACGUUACCGAGUCACCAUCACGUUACCGACUUACCAUCACGUUACCGACUUACCAUCACGUUACCGACUUACCAUCACGUUACCGACUUACCAUCACGUUACCGACUCACCAUCACGUUACCGAGUCACCAUCACGUUACCGACUUACCAUCACGUUACCGAGUCACCAUCACGUUACCGACUUACCAUCACGUUACCGACUUACCAUCACGUUACCGAGUCACCAUCACGUUACCGACUUACCAUCACGUUACCGACUUACCAUCACGUUACCGACUUACCAUCACGCUACCGACUCACCAUCACGCUACCGACUUACCAUCACGUUACCGAGUCACCAUCACGUUACCGACUCACCAUCACGUUACCGACUCACCAUCACGUUACCGACUUACCAUCACGUUACCGACUCACCAUCACGUUACCGACUUACCAUCACGUUACCGACUCACCAUCACGUUACCGACUUACCAUCACGUUACCGACUUACCAUCACGUUACCGAGUCACCAUCACGUUACCGACUUACCAUCACGUUACCGACUUACCAUCACGUUACCGACUCACCAUCACGUUACCGACUUACCAUCACGUUACCGAGUCACCAUCACGCUACCGACUUACCAUCAUGUUACCGACUCACCAUCACGCUACCGACUCACCAUCACGUUACCGACUCACCAUCACGCUACCAACUCACCAUCACGUUACCGACUCACCAUCACGUUACCGACUUACCAUCACGUUACCGACUCACCAUCACGGUACCGACUCACUGUCGUGA